AUGGAACCGUCGUCAAGCAAUAGAGCGCGGUCAAUGCCGGUGCCAAUGGAGGAAGGAGGGCCUUGUCCGUUUCUAAGGAAGACGUUCGAGGCGGUGGACGAUCCAAACACAAACCACAUUGUGUCGUGGAACAGGGGAGGCAUCAGUUUUGUCGUGUGGGAUCCACAUUCUUUCUCCGCCACUAUUCUCCCUCUAUACUUCAAGCACAACAACUUCUCCAGCUUCGUCAGACAACUCAACACUUAUUUUAGGAGGACCUCGACGAUGCGUUCGGCCUCCAAUUACUGCCAAAUGGGAUUCAGAAAGAUCGAGGCAGAGAGAUGGGAGUUUAUGAAUGAAGGUUUCUUGAUGGGACAGAGAGGCCUCCUCAAAAGCAUCAAGCGAAAAACCUCCUCCUCUGCCCCUCCAUCGCUCCACAACUCUCAACCCGACGACCCCUGCGUGGAGCUCCGGCAAGAGAGGCAUGUCCUGAUGAUGGAGAUAUCAAGGCUCAGGCAGCAGGAGCAGAGAGCCAGAGGGUACAUCGAAGCCAUGGAGCAGAGAAUCAAUGGAACAGAGAAGAAACAGAGACAUAUGAUGUCGUUCCUGAGGCGUGCGGUGCAGGACCCCUCACUUCUGCAGCAGCUACUCGAGAAGCAAAGGAAAGAGGCUGCGAUCGAUCAGGUCAAACUCGAGCCCGUGGAACACGUGUCGGAGCUGGAGGCUCUGGCGCUAGAGAUGCAAGGGUAUGGACGGCAACGGAUCGAGAACGUGGAGAAGGAGCUCGACGACGGGUUUUGGGAAGAACUACUGAUGAACAACCACAACUUGGUGGAUGGAGAAGAAGAGGCGAAUAUAUUGUGA